AUGACAGCCAUUGUAAGCACGGCACCCUUCACGGUUGCCGACCCCCUCACCCAAAAGAUCAAGGAGGGUACAGUCGUCAAUGUUGACGAAGUCGACAUCAACAACACCGACAGGUUCUUGGUUCAUUCGCCUUACACGGAACCGGAGCACUUGCUAGAUCUUGACACUCUCGACGACGAGAACGCGCUCCUUGCCAGGGCGUUGUCUCGGAUGGAGUGCCUCCGUGCCGACUACGCCACAGCCAACUAUGUCGAGUCCUUCAACUGGGGAGAUGUCAUGAGCGAACUCAAAAGUCUCGUUCAAUCCUCGGGGAGAACAUUCAAGAAAACUUCCUUUUACAUCGUUGCGUUCCGCUCAACAAUUCCCCCGACGACAGUGUACGAAAACCUCGGCAUCCUGGACAAGGCCGCACACGCCGAGGCCAACCAAGUCGGAGGGUUCCUGAAGUACUGGUUUGGAAGUCCUGAUUCGGAAGGGAGAAACCUCGCAACUUGCGUGUGGAGGUCGAGACUCGAUGCCGUAAAGGCAGGCCACGGCCCUGCCCAUCGUAGGGCAAGCCAUGCGACAGCGUCCAUGUACUCGUUCUGGCGGAUUGAUCGGCACCGAUUGGUCAUCGGUGAUGGCGCCGAGAGCUGGGAGAUUGUCGACUGGGUUGACUAA